UUUAUCUCAUUCUAUUCAAAUCGACAAGUAGAGAAAUUGACAAAAAAAGCUUCCUUCUGAUACAAGUCAUUUGUCUGACAUCAAUUAGCUUAAAUAUUUUGCAAAAGACCAUGUCCUCCUUCUCCUUCUCCUUCCACCUUGAUAGCUCCUUCAUCCUUCGAUUUCUCGGUCUCUCAAACUCUACCAGAAAAUCUUCAUGAGUAGGAUGGAAAUUCCUUUGCUGCAAACGUCUGCCGUCCUCCUACUAGCCCUUUUGCACUUGUGUGCUUUUACUCCAGCAGGAAGCUUGAGUUUUAGCUACCCCACAUUUCAAGACAGCGUUGAUGAGAAGGAUUUUGUUCGAUCCGAAUAUUCACGCAUAUAUUUAAAGGCCAUCCAGGUGACUCCUGAUGUUAGUAACGUGGGUUCGAUCAAGAACCAAGCUGGAAGGUUUUUGUAUAAAAAACCGUUCAAGUUGUGGGGGAAGGGAAAAGACGGUGAUCGCAGAGUAGCAUCUUUCAAUUCUACCUUUGUGCUGAACAUCACUCCCAAAACCAAUCCAGGUGGUGAAGGAUUGGCCUUUAUCUUAACAGAAAGUCCCACUCUUCCUGACAACAGCGAGGGGGAAUGGCUUGGAAUUGUAAAUGCAAAGUCAAACGGAUCGGCUGAAGCUAAAAUAGUGGCAGUAGAAUUCGACACAAGAAAGAGCUACUCGGAAGAUGUGGAUGACAACCACGUGGGGUUGGACGUAAACAGCGUUUACUCGAUUCAACAAGUGUCUUUGCUUGGCUAUGGUGUUCAUCUAUCAAGCGAAACCAAUUACACAGUGAGAAUUGAGUAUGACAGCCAGAACAUCGCUGUCUUUGUUUCCCAGACCAAUAAAACUAGGGAAGGAAUGAAGAAUACUCCAGUUCUGGUUCACACUCUCGAUCUCUCUGCCUAUCUUUCGAGGGAGGUCUAUGUGGGAUUCUCAGCUUCCACGAGCAAUAACACUCAGCUAAAUUGCAUCCUAUCUUGGGACUUCCACUCUUCGCAUAUAGAUGAAAAUUCAAACCUGCUGUGGGUUUGGAUUACGGUCCCAGUAGUAGUACUACUUUUGGUAACUGGAGUUUAUUGUUACUUUUUCGGGACAAGACAAGGUGCAAAGCAGGAGGUGCAUCCGAGGAUUGAAGAUGAGAUUAAAACAACUUCCAUGGCUCCAACAAAAUUCAAACUGAAAGAACUUCAAAGAGCAACAGGCAGAUUCAAUCCCAAGAACAAGCUCGGAAAAGGUGGCUUUGGAACUGUCUAUAAGGGACUCUUGGGAGACAAAGAGAUAGCUGUCAAGCGAGUCUCAAAGGAUUCACAUCAAGGCAAGCAAGAAUUCAUUGCAGAAGUCACCACAAUUGGCAGCCUUCGUCACAAAAAUCUGGUCAAACUAAUUGGAUGGUGCUACGAAAGCCAUGAGCUUCUUAUCGUCUAUGAGUUCAUGCCAAAUGGAAGCCUAGACAGAUUUGUAUUCAGGGAUGAGAGUUUUGGCACAGAGAUAGGGAAACCAACACUGAGCUGGGAAAGAAGGCGCAGCAUAAUAUUUGGAGUAGCUCAUGCGCUAGAUUAUAUUCACAAUGGAUGUGAGAAGCGAGUGCUUCACCGAGACAUCAAAGCCAGCAAUAUCAUGUUGGACUCGGAUUUCAACGCGAGGCUGGGAGACUUUGGACUCGCUCGUACCAUUCAGCACAGUAACUUGACUCACCACUCCACGAAUGAGAUUGCAGGAACACCAGGCUACAUGGCUCCGGAGACAUUUCUUAUUGGAAGGGCUACUGUUGAGACGGAUGUUUAUGCAUUUGGUGUUCUUAUGCUAGAAGUUGUCUGCGGACGAAGGCCUGGUAAUCAAAACAAGCAGAACAACUACAACAACAGCAUAGUGUAUUGCCUGUGGGAUCUUUAUAGCAGAGGAAGGAUCCUUGAUGCUGUUGACUCAAGAAUGGAUGGAGACAUCGACGAGGCUGAUAUGGCAUGUGUGCUGAUGUUGGGGUUAUCGUGUUGCCACCCUAACCCACAUGAGAGGCCAUCUAUGAGAACCGUCCUUAUGGUUCUUACAAGGGAGGCGGAUCCGCCAGCUUUGCCCCAAGAACGACCUGCUUUUGUGUGGCCAGCCAUGCCUCCAUCGUUCAAAGAUGAUACAGAAUCUGAUGUGGCUGGAGGCUAAAUUACUCCAUUAACAGAACUCAGUGGAAGAUUACUAAUAUAGCCACAUCAGAAAUCAAGAAAAGCCUUGGUGUUCUCGAAAUGUAAUUUUGUAACAGAAAUAAUUUGGCUAGUUACAUUUUCUUACUUUGUAAAUACGUACAUACAUACAUACAUACAUAUAUGUGGGGUGUGCUAUCCACACACCCCAUUUUACUUCUCACACACCCCUUAAUAA